ACGAAUUUAAUACUGUGCAGUUUGAGUUUUGCUGUGUUAUAAAAUAUACUUCAUAUAAUUUUGUAAUUCAAUAAAAUGUUUCAGGACGGCAUAUGUGAUACUGCCGACAUUUUAAAUAACGUUCCUCCUAAAAAGACAAUUCAUGCUGACAAUGUAGACCUCUCUGACAAGUCAUUACAGGUGGAUAUUUCAGAUGCUCUUAGUGAAAAAGAUAAAGUGAAAUUCACUGUACAUACAACAACUACAUUACCUGAGUUUCAAAAACCAGAUAACUUAGUUGUAAGGCAACAUGAAGAAUUUGUAUGGUUACAUGACAGAUUUGAAGAAAAUGAAGAAUAUGCUGGCUAUAUCAUUCCACCUUGUCCACCACGACCAGAUUUUGAUGCAUCCCGUGAUAAGUUACAAAAACUUGGAGAGGGUGAGGGUAAUAUGACACGUGAGGAAUUUAACAAAAUGAAACAAGAACUGGAAGCUGAAUAUUUAGCAACAUUUAAAAAAACUGUUGCUAUGCAUGAAAUGUUUUUAACUAGAUUAGCACAUCAUCCAGUUUUUCGAAAUGAUCAUAAUUUAAGAGUGUUUUUGGAAUAUGAUCAAGAUCUUUGUGUAAGAGGGAAAAAUAAAAUGGAAAUGUUUGGUGGUCUGGUAAAAUCGUUUUCUACCACUACAGAUGAAUACUACUUAUCUGCAACUGUAAAAGAUGUAAAUGACUUUUUUGAUCAAGAAAUGUCAUUUUUACAAACUUAUCAUCAUAAUUUAAAAGAAGCAACAGCUCGUGCGGAUCGUCAAACUGCUAAACACAAAGAUGUAGCAGAUUCAUAUAUUAAAAUUUCCACAAAUCUCUUGCAAUUAGCUACCACUGAUACUGGUAAAUUGGAAAGAUUUUUAACAAAAAUUGCAGAAACGUUUGAAAAAUUAAGGAAAAUAGAGGGACGAGUAGCAUCUGAUGAAGAUUUAAAAUUAUCAGACACUCUUCGUUACUACAUGAGGGAUACCGCUGCAGCUAAACGGCUUUUGUUUAGAAGAUUGAAAGCUUUACACGCAUAUGAAUCUGCAAAUCGUGCUCUUGAAAAAGCUCGGGCCAAAAACAAAGAUGUUCAUGCUGCGGAACAAGCUCAAACAGAAGCAUGUGAGAAAUUUGAACAAAUGUCAGAAAAAGGAAAGGAGGAAUUAAUGGAUUUCAAGACAAGGAGAGUAUCUGCUUUUAGAAAGAACUUAAUUGAAUUAACAGAACUUGAAAUAAAACAUGCAAAAGCACACGCGGAAUCGCUCAAGAAAUGUUUGUCGGCUUUACGAGAAGAGUGAUCCAGUUUGAACAUUCUCAUUGCAAAGAU